AUGGGCGACAAGAAGCGCAAGCUCACGCAGAACCCUGUCGAGGAGGAAGGACACGCCGUUCAGCCCGAGAAGAAGCCCAAGCACGAGAAGGCUUCGAAAGAUAAGAAGGAAAAGAAGGAGAAAGAGGAGAAAAAGGAAAGGAAGUCCAAAUCGCGCGAUGUUGAGGAAACAGUAAACGAAAAAGAAACCGAGGAGAAGGCAGAGGGGAAGGCCGAGGAGAACGGUGAGGAGGUGAAGGAAGAGAAGAAGGAAAAGAAGGACAAGAAAGAGAAGAAGGAUAAAAAGGACAAGAAGGACAAGAAGGACAAGAAAGAGAAGAAGGAUGAAAAGGACAAGAAGGCAAAGAAGGAAACGUCUGAAGGAAAGGAAGAAAAGGAAGAAGAGGUCGAGGACAAGGCCGGCCCCGCUGCUGAGGAGGAAACCGCAGACGCAAUGGACGUGGAUGUAGAGUCCACCGAAAAGAAGGACGACGAGAAAAAGGAUGGUGAGAGCAAGGAGGAGACCCAAGAGGAAAAGAGAGAGAGAAGAAAGAAGAACAAGAAGGAGAAAAAGGAGAAAAAGGCCGCCGAAAGAGCCCAGGCGCAAUCGCAACAAUCUGAAGAGCAACAAGAGCAACAACAACAACAAGAACAACAGAAAUCCGCCCGCUUCAUCGCUUUCGUCGGUAACCUCCCCUAUUCCGCAAACAACGAGUCGAUCAAGGAGCACUUUGUCAAAAAUCCACCUGUCUCGAUCCGCGUCGCAACCGAAAAAGACAAGCCCACAAAAUGCCGCGGUUUCGCAUUCAUCGAGUUCGAGAACUUUGAUCGCAUGAAGACCUGUCUCAAGUUGUACCACCACUCUACGUUUAAUGAUGGGAAGUACCCGCCGCGGAGGAUUAAUGUUGAGCUGACUGCCGGUGGAGGCGGAAAAUCCGAAUACCGCCAGUCCAAGAUCGAGACUAAGAACAAGAAACUGAACGACGAGCGCCAACGCACCGCGAAGCAGAUGUCUAAGGAGAAGGACAGGAAAGCUCGCCACAAGAACGGCGAGCAAGAGGGUGAUGCCGAGGCUGCUGGAGGCGGAGACGACAAUUUCGCUGGUAUUCAUCCUAGUCGAAGAAUGCGCUUGCAGUGA